AAUAAAAAUUAUUUCAUUUUUAUCUGUGGUAUCUUUUCCUCCCUCCUUCCCAAUCCUCAUGAUUUAAAGCAGAUCAAAUCUCAGAACUUGUCACUGCUCUAUGUGGGCAGCUAAAAGACAUAGUAGGGAGAGGGUCAGACCUGGAGCCAUGAAGAUUCAUCUUAUUGAAUUCAAAUCUGGUCUCAGAUCCUAGCUGUUUGACCCUGGACAAGUCAUUUAACUCUAUUUGCCUUGGUUUCCUCCUCUGCAAAAUGAACUGGAAAAGAAAUGUAUUUUUGCCAAGAAAACCCCAAAUGAGGCACACAAUUGAAUAGCAGCCUUUCAUGUGACUGUAUCUCAUACAGAAGACUCAGUCUUCCACCCUGUGCAUUUACAGGGGCUUUCUCCUAGAUUUCUGUGCUUAGAAUUCACCUCGUUCUUGUCUCUUUCCCUUUGAAUUGCGAGCUUCCUUCAGAGCUCAGCUCAAAUACCCCUUCCAUCUGAAGCCUUCUCUCAUCGCCACCCCCCACUUGUAGUGGGAAGCCUUCCCUCACCAUCACAAAAUUUCCUUCCUUUUUAGUAGAUACCAGAUUCAUGCAUGUUAUCUCUUUUUGAUAAGUUUCUUCCAGGCAGAGAUGGUUCAAGUUUGUAUCUUUAGGGUCUGACACAUAAUAGAUGUUAAAUGCUUAUUGAAUCAUUAUGAAAAAUAUCCCCAUUUCUGAUAUAUAGAGAUAUAGAUAUAGAAAGAUAUAGAUAGAUAUCUGUAUAUAUACAUAGAUGUAUAAAAUCUGAAAGACCUCUGGGUCUCAAGCUAAAUUAUUUACAUGAUCAAAGUUAUAUUAAUACAUCCAUUUUACCGUAAGGCAUUGUUUAUAUUCAGGAACAUACAAUAGCGUUGAGAUCUGGAAUUAGAAGAUCUGUGUUCAAACUCUGACAUUGCUGUGCAACUUUGGGGGAGGGGGGGUGUUAGUUUCCUCCUAUGAAAAAUGAGAGGAUUGGACUAGAUGUUCUUUAAGGUUUCUUCUAGCUCUGAAAGUCUACAGUUCAACCUCUCUACAUUGGCAAAAAGUCAGCCAACAGACAGAUGAGAUUGAUGGGUAUCUUGCUAAUGCCAAAUUGCCCUUGGAUUAACACUGCCCUUGCAAGAUGGAAUAAGACCUCAAAAUCAGCCUGAGAGUCUGUGCCAGGAAGAUUCAUGGUUUCCACCAACAUCUCGUUUUUCAGAUCAAGACAAAAACCAGAUAACAUUUUGUUGGUUUAUUUUCCCACACUCCCAAGAGAAAUCCCAAUUGGAAAAUUCUCAUGGGACUUUGUCUGUUGAGGAAAUUUUCUCUGGCAGUAAUUUUAUAGAGAAGAUGCUAUUUCUACAGUUGAGUCUAUCAGAGCCUUCCUCUGUGUAAAGGAAGAAAUUCUCAGUGGGAGGAUUUUCCAGUGUGGGAAAUUGGACAAUACAAAUUUGUUUAAGACUGCAGAUUUGAGGCUAAGAUUCCUCUAAUCAUAUUUUCUGAGUUUUUAAAUUCAUUUUAAAUCUCAUUUGUAGGGGUCAAUGAGUUGGCCCAGUGGAUUGAGAGCCAGAAUUAGAGAUGGGAGGUCCCAGGUUCAAAUUUUAUCUAAGUUACUUCCUAACUGUGUAAUCCUAGGCAAGUCACUUAACCCCCAUUGCCUAACUCUUACUUCUCUUCUCCUUUAGAACCAAUACACAGUAUGGAUUCUAAGAUAAAAGAUGAUGAUUUUUUCCAUGAGUUACCAGAAACGUUUCCAUCUGACCCACCUGAGCCUCUACCACAUUUCCUGAUUGAACCUGAAGAAGCUUAUAUUGUGAAAAACAAGCCUGUGAAUUUGUACUGUAAAGCCAGCCCUGCCACACAGAUCUACUUCAAGUGCAACAGUGAAUGGGUUCAUCAGAAGGACCAUAUUGUGGAUGAGAGAGUAGAUGAAACUUCCGGUCUCAUUGUCCGGGAAGUGAGCAUUGAGAUUUCCCGCCAACAAGUUGAAGAGCUCUUUGGACCCGAAGAUUACUGGUGCCAGUGUGUUGCUUGGAGCUCUGCAGGCACCACAAAGAGCCGGAAGGCUUAUGUGCGCAUUGCAUAUCUUCGGAAGACUUUUGAACAAGAACCUUUAGGAAAGGAAGUGUCCUUGGAACAGGAAGUCCUGCUCCAGUGUCGUCCACCUGAAGGCAUCCCCAUGGCUGAGGUGGAGUGGUUGAAAAAUGAAGAAAUAAUCGAUCCUGUUGAAGAUCGGAAUUUUUAUAUUACCAUUGACCACAACUUGAUUAUAAAGCAGGCUCGCCUCUCAGAUACAGCAAAUUAUACUUGUGUUGCUAAAAAUAUCGUGGCCAAGAGGAAAAGCACGACUGCAACUGUCAUAGUCUAUGUGAAUGGUGGCUGGUCCACCUGGACUGAAUGGUCUGUGUGUAAUAGUCGGUGUGGACGAGGUUUUCAGAAACGUACAAGAACCUGCACCAACCCAGCACCACUCAAUGGUGGUGCUUUUUGUGAAGGACAAAGUGUUCAGAAAAUAGCCUGCACAACACUGUGCCCAGUGGAUGGUCGGUGGACGGCAUGGAGCAAGUGGUCAACCUGUGGGACAGAGUGUACACACUGGCGCAGAAGAGAGUGCUCAUCACCAGCUCCCAAGAAUGGGGGCAAGGACUGCGAGGGGCUCGUUUUGCAAUCCAAGAACUGCACAGAUGGGCUGUGUAUGCAGAGUUUCAUUUAUCCUAUUUCAACUGAACAGAGAACCCAGAAUGAAUAUGGAUUUUCUUCGGCUCCUGAUUCAGAUGAUGUCGCCCUGUAUGUUGGUGUGGUAAUAGCAGUGAUUGUGUGUUUGGCCAUCUCUGUGAUUGUGGCUCUAUUCGUGUAUCGGAAGAACCAUAGGGACUUUGAGUCUGAUAUCAUUGAUUCCUCAGCCCUCAAUGGGGGAUUUCAGCCUGUGAACAUCAAGGCCGCAAGGCAAGAUCUCCUGGCAGUACCACCAGACCUUACAUCAGCUGCAGCCAUGUACAGAGGCCCUGUCUACGCUUUACAUGAUGUCUCUGACAAAAUCCCAAUGACCAACUCACCAAUCCUUGAUCCUCUACCCAACCUGAAAAUCAAAGUGUACAAUACCUCAGGUGCCAUAACCCCACAGGAUGAUUUAUCAGAUUUCACAGCCAAGCUGUCCCCACAAAUUACCCAGUCUCUACUGGAGAGUGAGACUCUCAACUUGAAGAAUCAGAGCCUGGCUAGACAAACAGACCCAUCCUGUACUGCUUUUGGGACUUUCAACUCUCUUGGGGGGCACCUCAUUGUCCCCAAUUCAGGAGUGAGUUUGCUGAUUCCUGCAGGUGCCAUUCCCCAAGGGAGAGUCUAUGAAAUGUAUGUGACUGUACACAGGAAAGAGAAUAUGAGGCCCCCAGUAGAAGACAGUCAGACCCUUUUGACCCCAGUGGUGAGUUGUGGGCCUCCUGGAGCCUUGUUGACUCGACCUGUUAUUCUUACCAUGCAUCACUGUGCAGAGCCUGAGACGGAGGACUGGAAGAUCCAGCUGAAGACUCAGACUCCUCAGGGACACUGGGAGGAUGUCGUAGUGGUUGGAGAAGAAAAUUUCACCACCCCGUGCUACAUUCAGCUGGACCUAGAGGCUUGCCAUAUCCUCACAGAGACACUAAGCACAUAUGCCUUAGUUGGGCAAUCUACCACCAAAGCAGCAGCAAAGCGCCUAAAACUCGCCAUCUUUGGGCCACUGUCUUGCUCAUCUCUGGAAUACAGCAUCCGAGUCUACUGUCUAGAUGACACACAAGAUGCACUUAAGGAAGUUCUGCAGCUGGAAAGACAGAUGGGAGGGCAGCUUCUGGAAGAACCCAAGGCUCUCCAUUUUAAAGGCAGUACUCAUAACCUGCGUUUGUCCAUUCAUGAUAUAGCCCAUUCCCUCUGGAAGAGUAAACUGAUUGCUAAGUACCAGGAAAUUCCUUUUUACCAUAUCUGGAGCGGUUGUCAAAGAAAUCUCCAUUGUACUUUCACCUUGGAAAGAUUCAGCCUGACCACAGUGGAGUUAGUUUGUAAGCUCUGCGUGCGGCAGGUCGAGGGAGAAGGACAAAUCUUCCAGCUCUCCUGUACAGUGUCAGAGGAACCUACAGGCAUUGACUUUCCCCUUCUGGACCCAGCAAGUACCAUUACCACCAUCACAGGACCCAAUGCCUUCAGUAUUCCUCUCCCUAUUCGGCAGAAGCUCUGCAGCAGCCUUGAUGCCCCACAGACAAGGGGUCAUGACUGGAGGAUGCUAGCCCACAAACUGAAACUGGACAGAUACUUGAAUUAUUUUGCAACAAAAUCAAGUCCGACUGGAGUGAUCCUGGAUCUUUGGGAAGCUCAGAACUUCCCAGAUGGGAACCUGAGCAUGCUGGCAGCAGUCUUGGAAGAAAUGGGAAGACAUGAAACAGUAGUGUCUUUGGCAGCAGAUGGGCAAUAUUAACCUAGCCUGGAACUGAAGAGGAAGGAGGAAAAUACACAGGGAGUUGGAUGGCUAGCCUGCGGGCCAUGACUGAGAAAGAAAAUAUAAGCCACACCAGACCAAGGAGCCUCACAAGGAGAUUUCAGUGUGAGAGAGAGAGAGAGAAAAAAAAUACACACACACAACCAGAAACAGCCAAUUUUCAUUCCCACCUUACUUGUACAUUAUCACAGGAGUUAAGAGAAAAAUGUGUAAAGUUGUACCUUGAAUAUAGAAAUCAACCUAACUUUCCUCUUAAUUGGGUUGUGUGCUGCAUGGUACAGGAUUUUACAGUUUCCUAGGAAACGGUUUUUAUUGCUAUCCAGCUAUAUUGGAUAAACUUUCUUAACAGACCCAGUUUCUAUGAACAUUGUUUACAUCAGAUUUGGACAGGGAUAAGGACACCGUUCAUGGCUCUUUCUAUUUUUGUUUAAACCAUUUGAAGUUGAAGCUGUGGACGCUUUGUUGUGUCUAUUUCAGAUCAGCAAUUUUCAGAGAAACCACAGACUUUUGUUAUAAAUCUUGUGCAUCAGGUGUCUCAGAUAAUCCUCCCAUUGUCGUUCUGUUUCCAAGGCCUUGUUGUAGAACCCAAGUUUAACCAUUUGUAUCUAGAAAGUGGAUAAUCUGAGUGGAAAGCAGGCAUGGUUAAGACUCCUUGUUCCCUGGGGGCUCCAUCUAGUUCCUUUUUGGAAUCAGCUGUAGAUUCACAGGGAAGAUAGUGACUCAUUUCAAGUGAUGAAAAAGCCCCUCCUCACAAUGUCUAUGUUUGUGAUAUGCAAUUUGGAGUGGUUUUUUUUAAAGUAUCAUUAUUAUAAUCAUUAUUAUUAUUAUUCAUUAUUAUCUAUUAGCAUUUACAAGUACUCUAGUACAAGGAUUUACGUUUAAUCAUUUCUGUUUUUGUCUACAGUGGCAUUAGGCAUUUGAGUGUUGACUAGACCUGCCCGAACCUUCUCAAGCCUUCUCAGGCACCAAACCUUAAGCCUUUUACCUCUCCCAGUUCCUCGACCCCUGGAGCAUAGUCGUGAAUGUUUGCCUCUGUUCCUGUCCGGUCCUUUAUCUGCUGCCCAGGCCCCUUAGUGGCCUCUUUUGGAGAUCUUUCCCAGCCCAAGGAAGAUGAUACCAAGUGAGCACUCCCAGCUCUUCUCAUGUUUUUCUGCCUCCCUCAGAGGUGGCAGGAAACAGUGCCAGGGUCUGUGAACGUGGAGACGAGAGACGAGUUCUAUUCACAGUGCCAGUGACAGUUGUGUGUCCUUCAGUAAAUCACUUCCCCAAACCUCAGUUGUGUUCUCUCUAGAAUACAUGCAUUGGGUUGAAUUUGUUCCCUCCACUGUAAAGCAGAGAGCAGAUACACCUCACAAUCAGCCUUAUCCCUACGAAUGACCUUCUGUCACUCUACAAGCACCCAUGAUACGAGCUAUUCAUCCUAGUAAAUGAUUCCUGUUCAAUAUAUUGUAUUUGAUUGGCUUCUGUGGAAAGGAAAUAAGACUCCUAUCAUCCCCCAUUUUCCCAAUUCCCCCAUCUCUUCCUCAAUAAUUAUUACACUUCCCACUUAACUGAGUGAUAUCAGGACACACGCUUUAACUCUCCUAAGGAAUUUGACAAAGAAAAAGCAUUACUGUCUUGUAAGAACUUCUUCUCCUUGGACUAGCUGCAAAACUUCUACUAAUACAUGUGAGUGUGUGUGAGCGUGUGUGAGCGUGUGAGUAUGUGUGUAUGUGUAUUUCUAGACCUCUUUUACUAGUUCCCUUUGCAGUGGACUUUAGGCUAAAUUCCUGUUUCCUCUAAAGCUAACAGUAUUUUGGUGACAUUUCUAGGGAUUAUUUUCUUCGUUUAAAACAAUAAUGAAGUAAACAUACAAUGUGUUGGUCCAAGGAAGAGCACCCAGAAGAAGCUAAGCCCUGGCCCACACAAUUCUGACAUUUCUUCCGUUUUCUUUUAACUUUCACAAACCUUUUGUUUCGACACAGAAACUCAAUUCAUCCAGCAGGCGGGGAGAAAUUGCUCAACAGGCCAUAGUAACCAAACCAAUAUUUGAAUGAUGAGCAUGUUGUGCAUGAAUUACUAUCUUCAAAGCAUGGCUGGGGUUCAGCAUUGGACAGGUGUCCUGGUUGCUGGUCAGAUUGUACUUUAGAAUCUCCUAGUUCCAAACCUUAAUAUUUUCCUCACUGCUUUCCAUGUGUCCUCUCUCUUUCCUAUUCUGGCAAUUUUUGAAAAUUUCCCCAUGCGUAAGAGCAUAGAUUUGGAAUGGAAAGAGGCCCUAGUCUCAUCCCAUCAUUUUUUGGGUGAUGAAACUGAAUUUCAAAGGGGGUUGAAGUGACUUACAUAGGAAGCAAAUUGCAGAGCGAGGAUUUAACUGAGGCUUUUAGCCUCUAAAUCCAGCAAGUUUUCUACUAUAACACAUUGCCUUCCUAUGUAGACUCUCCUCCUGGCAGCUUUUGUUUGCUUUGUAGCUUUCUGUUUGGCUUUCUGUGACUCUAAUGUCACUGCCUUUUACCAUCUUGAAUGCUUUGGGUAACAUGUUGUUCAGAGAUAAAACAUUUGCUACACUAAGUAUGGUUUUUCAUCCCCAAAGGACUACCGUUGGAAGUAUAAUCUUCACUCUGACAUCUCAUGCCCCUGCCCAAAGACAACCAAAUUGCAUUGUGAAUUAAGGAACUAAAAAUAAAUUGACCAUUCUGUGGAAAACGCUUCUCUCUACAUGAGAAAUGGAAAAACCAUAACCAGAGCUGAAUAAUGAAACAUGAGAGAAGCAUUCAGGGUUAGACAGACUUUAUCUCAUGGCUAAGAUUCUGGGGUGAGAGGCGUUUGUCCAGAAAUGGAAAAGAAGAAAUGAAACAGCCCAGCUGUGUGCUUUGUGGUGCAGAAGAAAAUGCUACUCUCGGUGCUCCCUGGUUAAGUGUAUGACUGAGUUCCAAAAGAAAACUUGUGAGUCACCCAUUGAUCAUUCAGCUCUUUCCAUUGCUUGGACUAUGUGAAACAUCAGUUCCUGCUUUAAGGAUAUGUCUUUACAUGGAAACUGACAUGGAGAAUUGAAGCAUGUAUGUUGUUCUGUAUGUUUCUUAAAAGAAAAAAAAAGUUCUGCUUAAGAUGCCAGGGAAAUGAGGAGGAAAAUAUCCAGAUGUUGCCUUGAUGUUUUUUCCAUUUCAUUUUGCUUAGAGGGUUAGUUUCUCCCUACUUGUAUGAUCAGAGAUUGGCUACUGUGCUUAUCUCAGCUGUCUUCUGGGUCUUCUUCCAAUUCCCGUGUUUUGAUUCUAUGGCCCAUACAAAAGAGGACACUGUACAAGUAGCAUCUUCUGCAAGGAGGUCUUCCUCUAAAGCGAGGUUAGUCCUCUUUCUCAGAAGCCUGCCAUGAACUUUCCCUCCUUCAAUCAUUAGAAGCAGAGGCAGAAAGUGUCAUUUGUGUAAAAGCAAAAGCAGAUUCUCUCUCUGGCUUUCUCUCCUUUCCUUGGAUCUGUCUUGGGUGCAGAAGCACAGGGGAUCUCGAAGCGCGGACUCAUGCCUUCAACCAUUUUCUGUCCCUAUGUCCCGCAUUUCCUUCUGAGGAAUUCUAGAUAGAGCAGAAAGCUCUUAUUUAGACAGGGAAAAAGCAAGUUUUUGACCAGAAAUGUUGGCAGGUGCUGCCAUCUAAUGGCAAACAAGCAAGCUAGCCUGGGAAUUCUUUUGCCCUUGAAUGUAUUGGAAAUGUGAAGAACGAUUUUGUUGAGAUUUCUAGGACAGAAAUGCAGACUGAAAAAAGGGGUUCUGACCAUCACCCUCACCUCUUGGGUGAAUGAAUGAAAGUACCGUCACAUUCCAAGGAUUACAAUAAUUCCACCAUUCCAGGUUCCCAGUUCCACCCUUUAUCGAACCUUUUAUUGGCUCAAAAGGAACUUGGACUCAAGUAGGAGACUGUCGUGUCCGUGUGACCCUGCUCCUUUUCAGAUCACUCAUCCACAAGGCAACUCACUGGAGCUUGGGUGACUGCCAGUGAUAGUAGUAUAUUUAAAUAGAUAAAGCAGGUUCAGUCUUGGAUUAGGUCUGUGCUUUUUAGUUGUCAUUUGUUGAAAAUAUGUUCUUUCCCCGGUAGGUAUUCUCAGUCACUUUGCUAAGGAGUUCCUUUUUUUGUUUAUAUUUGUAUAUUGAAGAGGCACUCAUUGCCAGGCCAUUUUGAAGAAGUUGAGCUUUGUAGGUACAUCCCUAAAAAGGGCAAGCCUAGAAGAGGAUGUCUUUAGCUUAAGCAUAUAUUCAAGGUCAAGCUGGUGACAGGCGAUGGAAGAGGGGGGAGGGAGAGCUCAUAUCUUUGAGAAGUGAAGGAGUAAAGGGUGGAAGAAUUAUGCAGAAUUAUUACAGGGUGUCCCAAAAGCUCGACAAGCGUAAAACUGCACUGAGACUUUUGGAAUACUCUGUGGCAGGAGGGAGAUAGAAUGGUAAUUGGGCACAAAGACCUCCGGAUACAGAAUUUACAAAGAGGUUUUCUAUUCACCCCAAUGCCCACUUUAGAGCCCCCAUGGAGUGAAAACCCAUUUGUGGAUCUAAUUACCACUCGUGUCCCACUGCAGACCUAAAGCUAGCAUUUGAGCUAUUCAGGGCCAGGAAUUUCUGAAUUUUCAGGGCACAUAAUCAUUUCCUUCCAUAUUAUUUUGGAACUUCGAAAGGGUACUCUUUGGCAGUCAUGAUGAUUAUAAUCCCUUUACAUUUCAUAAAUUACUCUGGCCAAACAACCUUUCAUCUUGUAAGUCAGUUAUGAUCAUGAGGAAUCUCUCCCAGCUCAUUCUGGCCAGUCCUCUCUGGCCAGACCCAUAAUCUAUCACUGAAACUCAGUUCCAAAAGACAUUUGCAAAAUGCCCUUUUACUCAGUCCCUGGUUCCAAAUACAAAAGAAGAAAUGAAUAAAUGACUGUCCUCUUGGAGUUUGCAUUCCAGUAGGAUGAAAUAGCAUACACCCACACAAAUAAACUAUUACAGAACAGAAAGCAGUAACCCUUGCAGUUUUUCCAGCAUGGAAGCCUGACUGCCUUUGCGUAUUCCUAUGGUCCUCAAGGACCUUAGAUUACUUCCCUGCCCCAAUGAAGCAUCAGAAUUGGACUUUAAUAGAGGUUAUUUGGAAUUUUUAUGAUUUUUCUUCUAAUGACUGAGUAUGAGAAUAAUCCUUUGAAACAUAAAACCUAUUAAAUUUAUUAAGCAUUGUGUUCAGGUCAGUUAUCAGAGUAGUCAUUUGUUUGACUACUGUUCUAAGCAAUCUAGAAAUUUCCAGGCAUUUUUUCCAAGCAGAAGAAUGUCUCAGAAGUGAAAGGCAUCCAACUAAAAGGAUAAAUAAUUGCCUCCCAGUUUUGAUUGGGAGGAUAGCCUAAAUACAGCGACAUCUUUGAUAGCUUUCAUUUCUUAAGAAUUUAAUUUAGGAAAAGAAUUUGCCCCUUGUACACCCUCUAAUAAACUGAUAAGCAAUAAGCAACCAUUCUUUCCCCUUAAUGAAAUCUAUCCCACUGACACACUGGGGGUGGGGGGGAAUUCUAGUAAAACUCAUUUAAAUAAGGAAGUCUCUUCACCUGGCCACAAUUUCUUAUGGUCUCAUUGUUAAUUCAGGUUUUAAAUCUUGCCAAUCUGGAGAGAUCAACAGCAGUGGCUGGUAAAAGUUCAAAUUGGAAGAGAAAGGCCAGGCAAGUAAAAUCUUCUCUUGGUCCACAACUGCUGUGAGCAUGGGUUUUAAUUGACCCAAGAUCUGAGGAUCUGGUGACUAGAUGAAUCAAAGGGUAGGUUUUCAACUCCAUUUAGUUUCAAAGAUGACAUUGGUACAGGGUCAUUGGAUUUUUACAAAUACAUUAAGAAGCAUUUUCUUUGCUAUUUGCUGUCAAUUUCCUACAAGUAGGAAAUGUUUCUUUUUUCUUUAACAAAAUUUCUCUUCUUGGAAUCAAGUGCAAAUUUUUGCUUUAUCCUGACUUUAGUCAAAGAGUAAAGUACUUUGAAAAAUUUACAUCAUUGUACAAUUUGGGAUGCUAGUCCUUAAAGUAUUUGAUUUAGAAACUUCCAGUUUCUCUUUGGAGAGAGGUUUGUGGGGUAGUAUUCUGUAGGAUAAAAUUCCAUUUUCCUCCAGUGCUAAAGAAUAACAACCGAAUAAGUUUGGAAAUGGAAGAAGGGUUAGAUGAUGAGAGACAAGGAUGUAAUCUUGUGAACAAAAUUAGUUUAUGGCUAUGUUUACACAAGCAAAGUGGAGAGAUGGAGAUUAUUGGUCAGUAUUUGAAUAAUUCUGACCUGCAGAAUAGAGGGAAUGUGAUCUCAAUUCUUUUCAAUAUGUGCUCUUUUCACAGCUGAAACUUACCAGAUAACUAGAUAACUCUUCUUUUUCCUUUGCUUGUAUUUCUAGCUUUUCAAGGUUAAAUUCUUUAGAAUACUCAUCAGACUCUUAGAGGCAGGGACUGAAACCAUGUCUUUAUUGGUGCCCUUCCAAACCUUCCUUUUCUUUGAUCUGUAGCAAGAAUGCAGUGUAGGUUUGUGUUUUAGGACUUUCUCUCUCUCUCAAGUGAGCUGGUGUAUCCUUGCAAAUAAUCUCCAAAUGUACCUGCCAAUGAAACAUUACCAGCUCACAUGGUAUUAAUCAGCCCUAUGGAGUAAUUGGUAAUAUCUUAAUGGCUGAUGCUGAACUACAGGACUACAGAAUGAGGACUGCCCAGGUCAGAGUUUCUAUUUGCAUUGGAAUUCUUAUGAGUUAGCAUUCUAAAAUCCUAGAUAUCUGGGACCUCUGACUGAGUUUUGAUAUGAUCAACACUACUGAGCCAUAAUUUGAAACAAGCUGCCAAUUUGUAAAUCAUAAUACCAUAGAACUAGAACUGGAACUGGAAGGAGCCUUUAAUAGAAUCUAGCUCAACUUUCUCCCUUUGCGGCUGAGGAGACUGCUAGAGACAAUGGAAAUGCUCAUUGGAAAUACAAUCGAAUCCAAUUGCAAGAAAACAAGAAUGACUUAAAAACAACAGAAAUUUAUUGGAGCUUCUCAGUUCUCACUAUGACUAACAUGAUCAUUCCAUUCUGUCCAACAAAGAUUUGUUUAACAUUCAGUGUGUAAGACAUUGUGGGAAUUAACUCUAAUGCAUUCUCCUACCACCUCAUUUUAAAAAAGAAGAAAUGUAAUGAUUACAUGGAUUGAGUGGAAAUGUGACUGGUAUUUUCUCCUUGAUUCUUCUCCCAGACUGAGUAUUUCUGGGUAAGCCUUUCACCAAUAUGAAAGAAUGAACAUCCCAAAGGAGCAGGGACCACUGCCUCACAGAGCAUUCUGUGUAUACAUCGAGUUUAAAAUGGAGCUGUAGGAUGGUGACCCUCAAAGAAAAUACCUCCUGAAGGUUUUCCUAGUGAUAGUGUAUCUUAGAACUCACAUUCACAUGGCAUAAUUAAAUCUCAGAAAAAUGUCUUCAGGGGUUUGGAAAUCAUUUUUAUUUGGUUGUAUUUUCGCUGUUGUUUUCUUCCUGUUUUUACCUUGGCUUUUCAGAUCUGGAACAUUUCUUUUGUUGUUGUGGAUUUCCCUGUUGCUGUCUCUUCUAUGCAAUUCCUUUUAUAAAGAAUUCCUAACAGAGAAGUCCUCUCUAGGCAUUGCAUUCUUUGUAUUGCUAUACAGUGGAGAUGUGGUUUACUAGUUCUGGGUGUGCCUCUUCUCUCCCAUUUCUCCUUGCUCCCUUCUUGACCACCAACCCUUUCCUCCAUUGAUCCCUUCUGUUUGUAAAUUGCCUGCAUUUAUUUCUGUCAGCCUGACAUGUACAAAGUGUAAGAAAGAAUUUUUAAACAGGUAAUAAAUUAUAUUUAUAAGCAACAGACAA